AUGAAUGGGAACGGAGAAGGCAGCAAGGACGGGGCGAAUCUGACAGCGACCGGGAUGGAGACCAGGCGCCGGGCGGCCCCACGGCAAGUACUGCUCCUCGCCUGCUUCUUCCCUUUGCUCUGCCGCGCGGCCCCGGAGCAGACUCGCUACUCGAUCCCCGAGGAAAUGGCCAAAGGCUCCCUCGUGGGGAACCUCGCCCAGGAUCUGGGGCUGGAGCUGAGGGAGCUGCCGCUGCGGAAGCUCCGUGUCAGUUCGGAACAGCAGCACUUCAGUGUGAAUGGGGAGAACGGGGACUUGUCUGUGAAUGGCCGCAUAGACCGGGAGGAGAUCUGCGGGGAGACUCCGCUUUGUGUGCUGACGCUGGAAACGGUGGUGGAAAACCCUCUGAACGUUUUCCAUGUGACUGUAGCGAUCCAGGACAUUAAUGAUAACGCCCCGCGGUUCCUUAAAAAUAACAUCGCUUUAGACAUUAAUGAAUUCGCACAGCCUGGUGCGCGAUUUCCUCUAGAACCUGCUCAAGAUCCCGAUGUUGGAGCUAAUUCGCUGCAGAGCUACCAGCUCAGUCCAAAUUCAUGCUUUUACCGGCUCAGCGGGGACCCGCAUUUCUCCCUGUCUGUGAAGGAGAGCCCGGAUGGAAACAAAUACCCAGAGUUAGUGCUGGAAAAGGCUUUGGAUCGGGAAACGCAGCAGUCCCAUCGGUUGGUCCUGACGGCCGUGGAUGGGGGGGAGCCGGUCAGAACCGGGACGGCUCAGAUUAGGGUCAAUGUCACUGACGCCAAUGACAAUGCCCCCGAAUUUUCCGAGGAGAUUUACAGAGUGAGCGUGAGGGAGAACGUGCCGAAGGGCUCCCUGGUGCUUGAGGUGAAAGCCACGGACAAGGAUGAAGGGCUAAAUGCCCAGAUCACGUACUCCUUCGGCAACACUCCGGAAAACGCUCUUAAAAUAUAUCAGUUAGACCCUGAAAACGGAAGAAUUACAAAUAUAGGGAAUCUGGAUUUUGAAGAGACACACAAAUACACGCUGGGAGUAGAAGCCAGGGAUGGAGGUGGCCAGACUGCUCAAUGCAAAGUUCAAAUAUCAAUACUUGACGAAAAUGACAACGCACCAGAAAUGACAUUCAGAUCUGUCUUCAGUCCCAUUCCCGAAGACUCGGUGCCCGGGACAGUGAUCGCGCUGAUCAAAGCCCGGGACCCAGAUCGUGGGAAAAACGGAGAAGUGACGUGUCACCUGCAACACAAUUUACCUUUUACAAUAAUAUCGUCUUCCAGUAGCUACUACAAGCUGGUGACGGACAGUCCCCUGGACAGGGAGCGGGCCCCGGAGUACAACAUCACAAUCACGGCCACAGACAAGGGCUCCCCCCCGCUCUCCACCCAGAAAACCAUCCUCUUGCAGAUCUCGGAUGUCAAUGACAACGCCCCUGUCUUCGAGAAACCUUCCUACAGCGCCUACGUGCCCGAGAACAACCCCUCGGGGGCCUCCAUUUUGAGCGUCAAAGCCUCAGACCGGGAUCUGGACGGCAACGCCCGGGUCACUUACUCCAUCCUGCGCAGCAGCAUCCAGGAGCUCCCUGUCUCCUCCUACGUGUCCAUCAACUCCCAGACUGGAGCGCUGUACGCGCAGCGCUCCUUCGACUACGAGCAGUUCCGGGCGUUCGAGCUGCAAGUGAAGGCCCAAGACGGCGGGUCGCCGCCUCUCAGCAGCAACGUCACCGUCAGCGUGUUUAUCCUGGAUCGGAACGACAACGCCCCUCGCAUCCUGUAUCCCUCGCUCGGGCCCGAGGGCUCAGCCGUGUUCGAGAUGGUCCCUCGCUCUGCCGAGGCGGGUUAUCUGGUGACGAAGGUGGUGGCGGUGGAUGCGGACUCGGGACACAACGCCUGGCUCUCCUACCAUGUGCUGCAGGCCACGCAGCCGGCGCUCUUCCGGCUGGGGCUGCACAGCGGGGAGAUCCGGACCGCGCGCGCCUUUGCGGACAGAGAUGCGGUGAAGCACCGGCUGGUCGCCCUGGUGAAGGACAACGGGCAGCCGCCUCUCUCCGCCACCGUGACUCUGAGCCUGGUGUUCGCCGAGAACUUCCAAGAGGCUCUUCCGGAAAUGAGCGACCGGUCGGCUGAGUCGGCGCCGCAGUCUGAUUUGCAGUUCUACUUGGUGUUGGCCUUGGCCUUGGUCUCGUUUCUCUUCCUCCUGACGGUGACACUGGCCAUUGCGAUGAGAUUGCGGCGGUCAGGAAAUCCCCAGUUACUUCAGUGUUUUGGUCCUGAGCCUUAUUCCAAGACGGGCUCCAUGUUCCCACCAAACUAUGAAGAUGGGACUUUGCCUUAUUCCUACCAGCUGUGUUUGUCCUCGGACUUAAAGGGGAAUAACUGCACCUUCCUGAGACCCAGUUCCCAGGUAGCGGAGCAUGUUCUGUGCGGUGAAAACUCGAGGACCUUACUUCUGAACAACGGAUGUAGUGUCUUAAAAUCUGAAACGGAGACUACUGACGUGGUAAGGUUCUGCUGCUGUGCUUUAUGUGAUUUUUAG